UUGGUCAUACUGGUUUGAAUGUACGUCACGGUUUUCAAGUUUUAUUUGCCAAUCAAUAGCUCUGAAAUUGAAAAUGUCUAGUUUUCUUUCUUUUUGCCCUCAAAGCGGAUUCAAAUUUCAAUUUAUCAACCUAAUCCGUCCCGUAAAAAUCUCCUCUUUCAGUCAUGUCAGACACAGCACGAGACGCCGUUACGGUAACACGUGAAAAAUCAGGCGCGGCUCCUACGCACAUAUUCUACUUACUCCUAUUUUUUAGUACUUUAUUUCCCGGAAAAUCAAUAAGCCUCCCCUGGUUUUCCCUCCUCGUCCCUUCCUAAACAGGAAAUAAAAACCAUUUGAGGCCUUUCAAUUAAAUGCAUUUUGAUCAAAUGGUCUUUUGGCACCCUUCGUUGAUUUCAACUUUGAAUCUGGUCAGCGUUUCCCUCAAUUUCACUUGCCCGCUGGGAUACUCUUACAAUCAUUUUCAAUUAGCUAAAACGCAAGUUAUUUGUUAAAACGCAUAGCCUUAUCAGUUAUGUUUUCAUUAUGAUCUUCCAUACAUGUUUUCGAAUGAACGAUAACCGAUCGAAGUUGGCGCAAGUAUCGUGUGUAUAAUUUUGCUUUUUAUCCAAACUUUAUUGAUUUGUUUAUUUUUCCUUCUUUAAUUCAUAUUCGUUAUCAUUAUUUGUUGGAAAUGAGUCAUCAAAUUAGAUCGUCUUUUAUUUUGAUUUGCUUACUUGGGACGUUAAGCCCGAUUUUUUUGGCCGCAGCUACCCAGCCAAGAGGUGUAAAUUACAUUUCGCGCAGCCAAACAUUGCAAAGAACAGACGCAUUCCAUUCCUACGAUUACGAACCGAUAGCCACCACUAGUUUGAAAUCAGCCGUACAUGGGUUAUACGAAAGCGACACGAAAACUUCUUUCGAAUCCAUGAAAAAUGUGCUCGAGAGUAUCGAGCCUUAUUUAGCAACAAUGUCCCCCAAUUCCACUGGUAAUUAUCCCACUUUCAGCGACUGGGGCUUGAACAUUGCCUCGCUUCAGUACACCCAAAAAGCCUUUUCUGGCAAGACGGGUUUGCCGUGUUUAGAGCGAAUUGACACGGGUGACGAACUCGUUUACAAAGUUACCCCAAUUUUCGACGAUGAAACGGAUCAUAACAAGGAACCCGCUACGUUCUCCGUUGUCGAUAUAGACGCUUCGAAGGAACCUAACCACAGGUUUUUAAACAAAGAAGACCACAUAGAAAUUGUUUCCAGAGUUUUGGCGUACAAAUGGAUUUUCACCGGAGAUACCCACGGCAUACCUUUCCACAAAGUAAGGUUUGGUCACAAAUCGAAUUUGGACAUCGAGGUAAUUAAAGAAAGCAAGUUCGAAAAGUCAGCCAAAAUGCAAUGUGUCCAAUGGGAAGAUGACGCGGCGUCUUGGAAGACUUCGACAGAGUACUGUCACGUGAUCGAAUCUACCGAUGAUUGGACUGAGUGUUACUGUUACGACUUGAGAGAAAUGUCGCGGAAAGCGAUAGCUGUCGGACUCGUUGGGACUCCUAAGAAGCAACUGCCGAUCGCUUUGCCACUCAAGGAGGCUCCUGAGAUGUCUCUGGAUCCCGUAUUGACAAAACAGACAUCACCUGAGAGAGAAAGUACGUCGGAUAAAACGUUAACACAGAUUAACCCUAAAGAGUCCGCAAAUCUUAGUCCGUCGAAAGAAGAACAGGAAUCGGAAGGUGAAAAUUCUGAAAUUCAGGUUUUGGAACCCAAGUUUGAUGGAAAAUUGCAUCGCAAGUUCGAUACCAAAGAAACGAUUCCUCUGUUCACCAAAAUAACAGAAUACGUUUCGAAGUCAAUCAAAGACAAAGCUGAGCUGAUCACAGGCAUUGAACAGCUGAAUGACAGAAUGUAUAGUUAUUUGCUUGAAGAGCACACGGAUGUUUACGGAAUCAAGGCUACUGGAACUGCUUUCGACCACGAAGUCAGUCCGGAAGGUGUUCGAUUCCCGCCUGUUGUAAAAAGUGCUGGAGGACUUCUGAUGUCGCGCAAGUUUCUGAGCAAUUUCCAAUUUCUGAAGUCUGUGGAGAUCGGAGUCGCCAUCACAGAUCGAGAUGCAACCGAGUUCACUUUCAAACUGGAAGACCAUUUGUCUCUUGCAAGUGACAUUAUGACGAUCACUUUGAAUGCUCCUGGAGACGACAAGUUCUCAGUGGAUGCUUUGUGGGGCAGCAUGACUGUAAUAAUUCCGAUGACAAGAGGUCAACAAGUACAAGACCCUAGAUGUUUCAGACUUGACCAAAACAACGUCCUGCAGGAAUCGGGAUGUAUCGUUGAGAACUUUGAACCCUCGAGGUUCUUGGAAUGUAAAUGUAGCACUCACUUCACCCGAAGUUUCAUGGCAAUUGACGUUGCUCCUGCCACGAUGCAAACCAGGAUCUCUAAACCAGGCAGGACUCAGGAAAGUAUGGCAUUUUUGUCUAUGACAGAAAAUCCAGAUCUGAUUCCCAAAACUGAAAGACAGGAAGCUUCUAAAACACGAGGGCCAAAAACGAGUAUAGACGAAGUAAAGAUUGCAGCUGCUGCGUUAGUAGCUGUUUUGCUGAUGGGGUUAGCUACAGGACUAUAUCGAGUGUGUGUCAGUCCAGCUGAUGGUAAUCAAAAAAGUGAAACUGGAAUCCUGUGCCAUGUUAUACUCAACAACAUUGCGGCUUUUGCAUCAUUCUUUGUCGCGAUUGUUUUUCCGAGCGAUGUAGAUAUAGGCAAAGAUAUUUGCUUUUCGGUCUCCAUGGGAUUCUUUGCGGUCCUCGGAAUUUGGAUUUGGGUUUUGAACCUGAAACCCAAACUUGACAAGUCAAGAGUUUCGAUUGACUUCAAAUUUAUGACAAUCGUAUACUGUACUGCGGUGUCAGUUACACUUGCAUGUGUUAUUCCCUCGAUAUUAACAGAAUGGAGCUCACUCGGACAAAUAUGUCUGAUAUACAUUCUCAUGAUCGCCAUCUCGACUCAAGUCUUCUUGUUCGGCCACUGUUUUACAUGCUGUGAUAAGAAGUUCUCAGAUUGGACACCCUCUGAGGGGUCCAACUCAGAAAUGAAUCUUGGACUAGAUCCGCCCGGUGGAUCUUCAAUCGAGAUUUCGACGGCACCUCGCAAAUCUAAAGAUUUUGAGGAGCAACCCUCUAUGUCGGUCAGUGGAUCUUUAGAUCCCAGAAUUGAAAGCAAAGUUUCUCGGAAAUCGUGUUUUCAGAAAAAUGCUCCAAAGAUGCUGUUGAUGAUCUUCAUGAUACUUUCAAUCAGUAUCGUAAUAAUGUUAGCAUCAAACCGGGGGAAGAUAUACAUGACUGUGUUGAACAGUUCCUGUGUUAUACUGUUGUCUUUGAUCGGACUCUUACACCUGAUGUGUCUGAAAGCAACAUGCCGCCGACAUGAAUCUCCGCGCAUUCGGGUGUCCGGGAGAAGAAACCGAACUGAGAGUGAGAAGCCGUUUUGUAGGCCCGAGAAAAGGAAACACCACCAGUCGUCAAGUAAAAAUAGCGAAAGCGAAGUGGAAUGUGGUAUCGAAUGCGACGAACGAACUGGAACCGAGUUCGAAGCGAGUAACCUGUAAACAACAACAUCUGACAGAAACGAAAGGUUUAAACCGGUUCGAAUCCGCCAGAAGUUUCCUUCUUCUUGUCUAUUUCUAUUUCGUAGUUAUGAACGUAUUUUUCAAACCCUCAAUUGCUACAUGCAUCAAUCUAGUUCAAAAAUACCCAUCUGCGAUGGUAAAAAUUCAAUGCGAUUGAGGGUUUUGAUAUACAAGAAAACCUUAUUUGGUUGCUAAUCCACCCCUGAAAACAAAAGUUGGAUGUAGAUUAGCUUUGCAUGAUGUUUGUCCAGCUUUUUAAUACAGGUUUGCAGGUAGAAAUAAUGCUUUGGCCUAUUAAUCAAUCCUUCGCAAUACUCACACUGCUGCUUAAAAUGACGUCUUUGUGUUGCUUCAUUUCAUGAUGGUUUUAGUUUAGUUCCGCAUACUGAUCUGCCAAUAUUAAUCUGUUUAAUAUCAAUAAUAAUAUUAAACUGUUUAUUUAGAAUAUAUAUCGCCAUAAAUAGAACACUUCAACUAGUAGUACCUGCAGUGACCCUCCCCCUCCCCCCCUCAUCUAGAACAAAACGAAUGCCUACCCCUUUCUCUCAAAUGCAAAACACCGUAUUGCAACCGUUGGCUCUUUUUUUCUCACCCCCCCCCCCCC